UGACGGCUCUGCCUGCGCGUAACGUUGCGGGGGGAGGGCGAAGCCAGGAAGGAGGGAGGUGCUCAGCCUCCGGCGGCCUCGUCUCCCCUGGGCAGAGGGGACCGGGCUUGGAGGCGGCGGCGGAGGAGGAGGAGGCUCCCCUGCUGCCGCGAGGGGCGAUGUCGGAGCUGCGAGCGGCAGGACCGGGCCCAGGGACGGUGCCUGGCGGACAAGGAGGCAUCAUCGGGCCCGGACCGACCGCCACCCCGCUGCCCUCUCCGGGACCUGGAGGCGGGAGAGGCGACGGCGGCGGAGCAGGAGGGACGUUGGGCCCUGGGGGGGUGUCAGCGGCGGCGGCGGCGGCGGCGGCUCCAGGGGGGACCUCUACUUCCGGAUCCGGUUCCUCGAGCUCCACUUCCGGGGCAGCCCGCGAGGGCUGGCUUUUCAAAUGGACCAAUUACAUCAAAGGGUAUCAGCGGCGCUGGUUCGUGCUGAGCAACGGGCUCCUGAGUUACUACAGGUCAAAGGCAGAGAUGCGGCACACUUGCCGUGGAACAAUUAACCUGGCCACAGCUAACAUCACAGUGGAAGACUCCUGCAACUUCAUCAUUUCCAAUGGAGGGGCACAGACUUACCACUUGAAGGCCAGCUCUGAAGUUGAGAGGCAGCGUUGGGUUACGGCCCUGGAGCUGGCCAAGGCUAAAGCAGUCAAGAUGCUAGCAGAAUCAGAUGAGUCAGGUGAUGAAGAAUCUGUAUCUCAGACGGACAAGACAGAACUCCAGAAUACCCUGCGCACCCUCUCCAGCAAGGUGGAGGACCUUAGCACCUGUAAUGACCUAAUUGCUAAGCAUGGGACAGCUUUGCAGCGCUCCCUCAGUGAACUGGAGACCCUCAAGCUGCCUGCUGAGAGUAACGAGAAGAUCAAGCAGGUCAAUGAACGAGCCACUCUCUUCCGCAUCACUUCCAACGCCAUGAUCAAUGCUUGCCGAGAUUUCCUAAUGCUGGCCCAGACACACAGCAAGAAAUGGCAAAAGUCUCUUCAGUAUGAGCGAGAUCAACGUAUCCGCCUAGAGGAAACACUAGAGCAGCUGGCUAAGCAGCAUAAUCACCUAGAAAGAGCCUUCCGUGGAGUCACAGUCCUGCCAUCCAAUGCUCCUGGCAGCAUGGAUUCUUCUAAAGAUCGAUGUUGCUCCUCAAAGGGAGAUAUGAGUGAUGAAGAUGAUGAUAAUGAAUUCUUUGAUGCCCCUGAGAUCAUCACUAUGCCUGAAAGCUUGGGCCACAAGAGAACGGGCAGCAACAUCAGUGGUGCUAGCAGUGACAUCAGUCUUGAUGAGCAGUAUAAACAUCAGUUGGAAGACACCAAAAAGGAGAAAAGAACAAGAAUUCCCCACAAACCAAAUUACAGUCUGAACUUGUGGAGCAUCAUGAAGAACUGCAUUGGCAAGGAACUCUCCAAAAUCCCCAUGCCAGUUAACUUCAACGAGCCCUUAUCUAUGCUGCAGCGCCUGACAGAGGAUCUGGAAUAUCAUGACCUGUUGGAUCGUGCAGCCAAGUGUGAGAGCUCCCUGGAGCAACUCUGUUAUGUGGCUGCCUUUACUGUAUCGUCUUACUCCACCACUGUCUUCCGCACUAGCAAGCCAUUCAACCCCCUCUUAGGGGAAACCUUUGAGCUAGACCGGCUGGAAGAGAACGGCUACCGUUCCAUCUGUGAGCAGGUGAGCCACCAUCCUCCUGCAGCUGCUCAUCAUGCUGACUCCAAGCAUGGCUGGACCCUUCGUCAGGAAAUUAAAAUCACCAGCAAGUUUCGUGGCAAAUACCUCUCAAUCAUGCCACUUGGUACCAUCCACUGUAUCUUUCAUGCAACUGGCAAUCACUAUACAUGGAAAAAGGUCACCACAACAGUACACAACAUCAUAGUGGGCAAAUUAUGGAUAGACCAGUCUGGCGAGAUUGAGAUUCUCAACCAUAAGACCAAUGAGAAGUGUAUUCUUAAAUUUGUUCCUUAUAGUUACUUCUCAAGAGAUGUGGCAAGGAAGGUCACUGGAGAGGUGUUAGAUUCAUCAGGAAAAGUGCAUUAUAUGUUGCUGGGAACAUGGGAUGAGAAGAUGGACUGCUUCAGGGUGAUUCCUACUGUGGAGAAUGGUGGUGAUACCCGACAAAGAGUACAUGAAGCUGAGGACAGCAGAGUCAUAUUGUGGAAGAGGAACCCACUCCCGAAGAAUGCUGAAAACAUGUACUAUUUCUCAGAGCUGGCUUUGACACUCAAUGCUCCAGAAGGUGGUACUGCUCCCACAGAUAGUAGACUUCGACCUGACCAACGACUCAUGGAGAAUGGGCGCUGGGAUGAAGCUAAUGCAGAGAAGCAACGCCUAGAGGAGAAACAGCGCAUCUCUCGGAAAAAACGUGAAGCUGAAGCCAUGAAGGCAACUGAGGAUGGAACUCCUUAUGAUCCAUACAAAGCAUUGUGGUUUGAACGCAAAAAGGAUCCUGACACAAAGGAGGUAGCCCAUGUGUAUAGGGGAGGCUACUGGGAGAGCAAAGAGAAACAGGACUGGAGCAUGUGCCCUGAUAUCUUCUGAGAGCUGGAAGAAGCAGCAGGACUAUUACAAGGAUGGGGGAAUGAAGAGAGUAGAGGAAGAAGGAUGGAGGGGAGCAGCUGAUCAUGUGACUUCCUGCUUAGUGCUUUCCUCACCGAAUCUGUCUGUCUUAACCAAUCACUUGUUUUGAAUCAAUCACCCAAUGCAGAAUCCAGCAGUGGUGAUUGGCUGGGUUGCCUUAGCUGAUUGAAGCUGACGUUGGUGUCUGGAUUCCUGAAUGGCUGGGGACAAAUAGGAAUAGAGGACUGCACCCCCCAUUUCCCCACCACAAGAGUAUUGCUGUGCUCAUGGUCCUUCACUUCUGGGGAGGAAGAGAGGGGAACAACACUGUGCUCUUUGGAUUGCCCUUCCCCAAUCCCUUUUCCUGCUUUCUGAUAGGAACUGAGAAGUGGUAUGUAGUCAAGAUCAUGAAAGUGUGCCCCAAGGAGGAUGGUUUGGGAAGACAUACAGGCCUUCCUGUGGCUCUGACCAUAGGAGUUGCUGUCUUGUUCCUUCUUCCCAAUCCCUGUAAGGUUUCCUAAAUACAAGUGAGCUUUCUGAAGGGUGGGGGAAGAGAAGAUGGGAGCAGUGAAGGGAAGGAAGCCAGUUUUUUCCCAGAGUUAUCGUGUCUCUAACUUCUUACAGGUAGCAAAGCAAAACAACUAGUUGAAUCGUGUUAAGGCAGGAGGGGAAUAACACUGGUCUUGGUGGAACCCUCCUCUGGGGCAUUAUCAGCUACUCACUGAGUGGUAGGAAAUUGAACCUGCUGUCCCCCUUUUUCUAAUCCACUCUUCACGCCAGACACCAGCACCUCCUCUGUGUGCACUUAGAUGAGAAGCGAUGGUGCAGGAUAGAACCUCCCACUCCCUAAAACCCCAGCCUAAAGCAACUUCUGGCUUAAUGCACACCUGUUUAUAUGUAUAUUAUAUAUAUGUAGUGAGAGAGAGUGUGAGAGAGAAAGAGAUCUAACUUUUGUUCUGACAUUUUCCCCCUCUUCCUCCUAUCCUGCAGACCCUAUUUUGUAACACCUGCCCUUGCUGUUUCCUUCCACUGUCCUCAGAUCCAGGGAGAUGUUCUGCAGAAAGUAUGACAGUAAACAUUGAUUUGUCUUGCCUUUCAUGAUGAUGAUAAUAAAUUCUAUCUGAGGCAGAGCCAGAACUCAAUGGCAUCCAUCUUAAGGCUCCUCACUGUGUGCAGGCACAAGCCACGUAUCCAUUCUUUCUUUUGCUAAGUAAGAAGGCAAUUCCCAAGCUGGUCUAUGACAGCAAUGAUCACAGCUGCCAAAGCUGAGUCCUAAGGUUGAAAAAGGUGCUACCGCUGUGUGGAAGUGGACAAGGGCAUAGAGGCUGGCCAAUUCAGGCCCACACACAUCGGGCAGACACUGGUGGAGGAUUCUAUGGCAGCCCCUUGCCCUUGGCUAAGGAUGACACAAUGAGGUGCCUUCCUUCUGUGUUUUCUCUCCUUCUUUUUGUUUAGUUGCUUGACUUUCCCAACUUUAGCUGCUGAAAAGAUAAGCAGCGGAGGGAGGCUUGCUGGGGUGAGAAGAGCCAUGAGUCCUGCCUUCCAGCCGUCAAAGAACGAAAGGGGGGUUUGGGUGAGGGCUCCAUACUAUUUGCUGCUCAAUUUUUGUUCAAAACUUGUUUUCUGCAGCUGUUGGAGGCUGAUAACUUCCUUGUACAGCAGUGGUGGUGAAUAUUUGGCCCUCCAGAUGUUUUGGAUUACCACCUCCCAGAAGCUCCACCCAGUAAUUAGAGAAUAUAGGAUUUGUAGUCCAUAACAUCUGGCAGACCAAAGCUUCCCCUUCCCUGUUGUGUAGGAUAAUGGCAGGCUUUAAAAGAAAGAAAGAGAGAGAAUAUCCCUGCAAUUCUAUUUUUGGGGUUUUUUUUUUGCCUUACUAUCUUUUUUCCAAGAAAACUAAAUUAAAUAAUAAAACCUGAAAUAUUCAAGA